UUGUCCGCGGCCGCUCGAUCAAGUCCAGCUCCGGCGGCGGCGCUCCCUCGAUCGCCGUGUCCACCGAUGGGGUCGGCCCGGGGAGUCGUAAGAACCAGCUCCGUGGUGCUCUGUUCAAGUACGGCCCCAAGCCUAUUCAGAUAUUUCACUAUUUACAAAAGGACAAUUCGUAAUGGAUCGAAAUACGAACCUUGCACAAGACUAUUCCUGAAAGCUCGAAAAAGAUAUGUGAUACUAUUCUUACCUAAUUUACAUUGAUUUUGCUAAACUUAUAUUAUUACUAUAUUUAUUUCUAACUUAAAACCCCUAUCCUGACUUUUUUUUUUAUUUUUCAGGUAUUUUCAGAGGAUUUUAUGCCUAAAUUAGGUGUACCACUCGGUACACUAUACCGUAUCGUAUUGAGCAAAGCUCGAAACUCUGGUACGGUUGCUUUCAAAACUGGUGAGUUCAACCAACAAGUCAUUUUUGUUGGUGGUUUGACAGAUGGAUUAUUGGCAACUGAAUACUUGGAACCUUUAUCUAUUGAGUUGGAAAAUGCAAAAUGGUCCCUGGUGCAACCUUUGCUGUCUUCAUCAUAUAUUGGAUAUGGCACUUCCAGCUUAGAUCAAGACUCCUUAGAGCUGGAUCAGUUAAUUGGUUACUUGAUAAAUAAGGAAAACUCUGAGGGUGUUGUGCUGCUUGGGCACAGUACUGGUUGCCAGGAUAUUGUGCAUUACUUAAGGACAAAUUUGGCAUGCUCCAAAGCAGUUCGUGGAGUAAUUUUGCAGGCCCCAGUCAGUGACCGAGAAUAUCGAGCCACUCUGCCUGAAACUGCUGAAAUGAUAGAUUUGGCAGCAAAAAUGAUUGGUGAAGGUAGGGGAAUGGAACUAAUGCCAAGGGAAGCAAAUCCAGAUGCGCCGAUAACUUCAUACAGGUACCACUCCCUUUGUGCUUACAUGGGAGAUGAUGACAUGUUCAGCUCAGAUCUCAGUGAUGACCAGUUGAGGUUGAGACUUGGUCACAUGUCAAGUACACCGUGCCAGGUUAUUUUCUCCAUGGCUGAUGAAUAUGUGCCAGACUAUGUCGAUAAGAAAGCACUGGUAGAACGACUCUGUCGAGCACUGGGUGGUGCAGAGAAGGUUGAAAUCGAUUGGGGAAAUCAUGGUCUCUCCAAUAGAGUUCAAGAGGCUGUCCAAGCCAUCAUGGACUUUGUUAAGAGGGAGGGACCGAAAGGAUGGGAUGAUCCCUGGAGCUAGCAAGCGUUUUAUUCAUCGUCAUUUCUUUCUUUCUUUGUUCGAUUUUUUUCCCAAUAUGUUUUGUAACAUGCUCUCCAAUUUUAGAGUUCCCUGUUAUAAAUUAUUACCGAGUCUUAUAGUUAAAUUGUGAAUAUAUUUGUCAUGCUGCGUGUAUUUGAUUGUAUGACUAGAAAUCUUAUUCUAGUUUCAAUGUAUUUAUGUAUUUAUUGGA